AUGGUGGGCGAUGAUCUGCAAUGUAAAGAUCCAACGCUGGUGGAGGAAUUGCACCAUUUCUUUGCUGAACAAGAGCCCCUCGACAUGGUUCCUGGUGAUCCCAGCGGAUCUAUUCACCAACUUCUCGACGAACUUCAAAAAAGAAUGUCUUGGGAUGCAAAGGCAAUGCAAACAGACGAAUUCCUCAAAGCUGGUGCUGCUGUGGACAAGUACACGAUAGUCUGCUCGCCCGCUUGGUGCCUGUACACACGUCCGUCGACAACGGAGGCUCAUUCCCUGGAUGCUGAUGUUCUCGCCGACAAAUUGACCGAGGGCAAAUUGAAGUUGCCUGUGGCUGCUUUGGGGAUCACGCACAAACCCGAGGUACUCAAAGAUAGAUUGGCAUCUCUGAAAUUGAAAGGAAAAGAGCGGCAUGAUACUACUAGUAGCGGCAGCCCAUCGGCGGAGGGGGGCGACGAACCUCCAGCUAAGCCUGAGGUCGAUAAGUCAACUGACAGCUCGGUGGCUCCCGCAUUGCCCAAGCCGCUUGUGUUUCCGCUCCCUGCGUCAGAUAUCCAACAAAAGAUUUGCGAGCGAGAAGCUGCUGGUAGAGGCAUAUCCGGUCUGUUUGGCCCGAGGGCCUCCUGGUAA